AUUCGGUCCAUCCCAAUCGCCUACUCCGCUGAUAGCCAUGCCCCACCGCGUCGCUGCCCUCCUCGUGCUCCUCCCGCUCGCCGCCGCGUCGGAAAAAGCGGCGGACGCUCCGGUGGCAGGGGCGUCAGCCGAGGCCGAGGCCGCACUGCUGGAGCGGCACGCGGCGCAGCUCGCGAGGCUGGAGGAGCUCGCGGAGUCGCUCGACAGGUUCGUCCGCGCUCGCCAGAUCCCCGGACCCGGAUCCCCAGCCGCCGGGCGCCCUCGGCGGCCGUCAGGGACCGUCGUCGCGCCCCGCAGGGGGUGGCAGUCACCAAGCGCCGGCCCAUCUGGUCCGAGCGGUUUCACUUCGAGAAGCAACAGCGGCAGCGAGCUCGCGCGGCGGCCUGACACAGAAGCUACGCGGAGGCAGGCAGGAGCUAGAGAGAGAGAGACGACGAAGAGCGAGAUAAGGUCGAGGGUGGCGCUGGAGCCGCUGGCGGAGGAGCCCGGCAGCGGGGAGGAGGACGCGGCAUGGAGGCGCUCGGGCCUCCACGCGGCGCUGCACCGGUGGGCGCGCCUCUUAUCCGGGGGCGCCGCCGGGGACGACGCGCGCCCGGCGGCUGACCUCCGCGUGCUCCUCCCGUGCUCGCCUGCCCCCUCUCCCCCGUCCGGCUCCUCCCGCGCCUUCCACGCCACGUGACGUCGUCGGCGCAGUACAUCAUAUAUCGAGCAGUUCAGGGCCACGACGGGUUGCGGGAAGCUCGAGAACGGCGCCAUCAAGAGCAUGUACUACGCGUCGGGGCGGGUGCGCCUGUCGAUGCUGCAGAACCCCAGCAGCGGGGGAGGCGGCGUCAUCGGCGGCGUCGGGCGCGCCCACGAGGGGAGCUUCGUGCUGUGGCAGCUCGGGCCCAGCAUGUGGCUCGUCUAGAUGUCCGUGGCCGGCCAGAGCGUCGCGGUGACCAGGAGAGAAACCAUGAGAGAGUCGUCAAGUCGUUUCUCCCUCUGUUUCCGUUCUUCUUCGAUUGGUGGAAGAGAAAGAAAGAAUAAGACAGGACGAGAGCGGGGAGGCAUCGGGCUGGAUCCACUGCUAUGGGUUGAUAUGUUUUUGAAAAAAAAAGUUUAUUGGAAGAGUCCCGAAUAUAUAGUUUUGGGGAAGAAUUUUUCGAAGAUUUUUGGAGUUGCUGUAAGGCUCCUCUUCAGUUUUCGUAACAAACUACGUAAUAAAAGAAAAAAUAUACAAAUAUUGCUAGGA